AUGCUGGUUGACUUCAAGCCAUCAGAGCAAAUGCUCUUCGAGCGUUUCGACGACUACUACUUCACGCCGGAUAACGGCUUCCACGAAGACCGAAGAAUGAAGUUCCAGACCAUGGACGUGCGGCUGGUGACCGAAGAAUCCACCAGGAUUUCAGCGCUGCGAGCCGGCCAGGCGGAUAUGACCGAAGCCAGCCUGAACGCCCGCAGCCAGGUAGAGGCUGCGGGAGGCCGCUUGGUCUUCAUCCCCGAAGCCUCCUACUCCCAGGUCAGGCCCAUGGGCUGCUGGAAGCCGGAACUUCCCUGCAGCGACAAGCGGGUGCGUUACGCCUUGGACUAUGCCGUAGACAAAGAAUUGAUCCGGGACGCGCUCUAUGGCGGCACCGAGGUCGCCCAGGUAGGCGGAUUCGAGGCUGCCACUCCCAACGCCUUGGGUUACAGCCCUGAACUCGAUUCCCUUCCCUUCGACCCAGAUCAGGCCAGGGAUCUCCUGGCUGCGGCUGGUUUCCCCGGCGGCGAAGGUUUCCCUCCCUUCAAGAUGCAUACCUGGAACGGCGGCGAUGUGCCGCUUCAACCCGAGCAGGCCGAGUUAAUAGCCGAGAUGUGGAAGGACAAUCUUGGUCUUGAUGUUACGGUGGUUGUGGGCGACCCACCUCCGUCCGGCAGCAGGCCAGAGACCGAGAACUGGACGGCGACAUCUACUUCCGCAGCAACGAGGCCAGGUUCGAUGGUGGGAGCCUGA